AUGUAUCACAUGCUACGUGAGAGGAAGCAUGCACUCUCCGACGAAGUGAACUUAUUAUUAGAUUAUGCAGACUUUUUCUACGACGAUGAUGAGGGAGAUGUACUGUUCAAUUCUUUGAGAGAAUUCGAGGCAUUUCCUGAUAUAUCAAAAACUUUUGACCUACUUUGCUCCAGUCUAAUAGAAAACUUCCUACAUCCAUUUCAUCGCCUCCACAACUCGGAUCGGCGUCAGAGGUUAAUAGACUUUAUCAAUAAAGUAAUACGGGAUAGAUUUCCCAAACUCACUUCGAAAACACUUAAACAAAAGCGUUUGGACUCCAAAAUAAAAGUGUAUUCAGACAGUUAUAAUCAGAAGUAA